UGGUCGUGACGUAACACCUUCAAAAAGUCAAACACAGAUAUAUUAUCAUCGACGAAUAAUAUUCGCUUCAAAGAUUACACAAAGUUGUAAUAAAACCACCGCUGCAGUCCACCGAAAGUAACCCACCAUGAGCACGCAAGUAACCAUAGAUCAGCUGGACAAGGAUCAAAUAAAAUCGUUCUCCGAUUUUCUCUUAUCAUACAACAAACUGUCAGAGCUAUGCUUUAGCGACUGUGUGAAUGAAUUUACUGGUCGUACCAUUUCCGACAAGGAAGACAAAUGCUCACUCAAUUGUAUGGAGAAGUUCCUCAAAAUGAACCAGCGGAUUUCCCAGCGCUUCCAGGAGUUCCAGAUGCUGGCGAACGAAAAUGCCAUAGCUGCGAUGCAGAAGCUCAGUGGGAAGUAAUUUCCUUCGUAAAAUAGUAGCGCGAAGACGGAAUGUUUCGUUUAAUGUUAAAUCUAUUCUUAUUUUCGCAAUAAAAUUGAAUUCCUUAUACUAUGAAUAA